AGUUAGCAUUUGUGGCGCUGCAGGAGGUUUGCUAUUGCGGCUGCUUCCUAAGCUGCUUUUCUAGCUAGCGCCUGCUCAGAAAAGUCGCUCGGGAUUUCAAGAGCGACCUUCGUUUACAGAGCUCCGCUGUCCUGAUCCUGUAAAAACAACAACAAUGAAGCUUAUCUCGUGGUCUUAUUAGAAGACAGUAAUUUGUGAUCUGAUCCACUAAGCGAGACACCUUCCCACCGGCAGAUGUUCGAGCGAUCUGCUUUGUCCUCCCUACAAUAGCAUGAUACAGUUUGGCUCCUUUAGGAACAUUCAUGGAUUUAUGAACAAGGCGCUGUGUUCUUGCUACCACCUAGGAGAGCAAUGUAGGAAUGAAGCAAAGAUCCUUCGCUGGGCCACAGCACUUCCCCUGUACAGUAUUAAGAGGGGGAACAAAAGACAAGACACCCCCUCCUAUACACAUUUUUGGGUCCUUCCUUGGGUUCUGGUUUCUUUAUUCAUGAGCGACAUGUUAAAAAAAAAAGCAUCUCCUCCCCCCAUUGGGGCAUAGCAUAUGUGCUUUGUAAUGGAUAGAGGUAAAAUUAAGCGAUUAUUUUAGCAAAUAUUUCACUGUAUUGACACAUCAAACUGAAACCCCGAUCAGGAAGGAAGCCCAGCUAUGCUAGGCGCGGUCAGACCAUACAGCCCCGGUCCCUAUGAGCAAUAGUUUCUAAGUAAGAGUGGGAGGAAAGUCACCUGUCCAUCCCCCCCAAUGAAACAAGUCCAUAUUUUCCUUCAAAAGUCAGCGUCGUUUGAUUGGUUUCCCAAACAAACCAAUGAAAAGGCGAAUGGGCGGAACGCUUCCGUUUAUUUCCAUAUCCGGGCAGCGAGGAGUGGCUGUUCGCCGCUGGCACACGCCAGGGGGCGGUGUUACCUGGGGGCCGCAGGGGACGGCCCUGAGCAAGACACACUGUGGAGCUGUCACCAGGAAGCUGUGGUUCCGAACCAUGACUCAACUCCACCUAAAGCCUGUUUACAGGAAGGGAAACUCCCCUUUCUCGUCCAAAGGUCAGCACAUUUCAGGGAACAGGGAAGUGAAAUUAAACUGCUCUCCUGCCCCGGAUGAGCCAUGGCUGCUGCUGCAAAGGCAAGGCAAAGCCUCCAGGAUGAAGCCUCUUGUUCCAUCUGCUUGGAGUAUUUUAAUGAUCCGGUGACUAUAGACUGUGGGCACAAUUUCUGCCGAGCCUGCAUCACCCAGUGCUGGGAGGGAUCUGAUAAAGACGUCUCCUGCCCUCAGUGCAGGGCGACCUUUCCCCAGAGGAACCUCAGGCCGAACUGGCAGCUGGCCAACGUGGUCGAAAUAGCCAAGCAGCUACAUUCGCAAUCGACAAAAGAUGCCGGAGCCGGGAGAGCGUGCGAGAAACACCAGGAGGCUCUGAAACUCUUCUGUCAAGAGGAUCAGUCCCCCAUCUGCGUGGUGUGCGACAGGUCCAAGGAGCACAGGGCUCACACGGUGGUUCCUGCAGAGGAGGCCGCCCAGGAGUACAAGGGACAAAUUAGGAGUCGUUUGGAGAUGUUGAAGAAGGAGAUGGACGGCAUUGCUGCACUGAAACUGAAUGGGGAAAUAACAAGCGAGGAGCUGUUGCAACAGACGGAGAGCGAGAGGAAGAAGAUUCUGUCGGAAUUUGAGAAACUCCAUAUGUUUCUAGAGGAGAAAGAAUUGCUCCUAUUGGCCCAGCUGGAAGUGCUGGACAAGGAGAUAUUGAAGAGGCAGGAUGAAUUCACCGCCAGGCUCACCCAGGAGAUAUCUCGUCUCGGGACCCUGAUCAGUGAGAUGGAAGGGAAGUGCAGGCAGCCAGCAAGUGAAUUCCUGCAGGACAUCAGAAGCACCUUGAGCAGAUACGAGACAGGGAAGUUUCAGAGUCCACCAUCCCUUCCUCUGGAACUGAAAAGGAGAGUCAAGGAAUUCUCUCAGAAGCACGCAUUUCUGGAGCACGCUCUGAGUAAAUUUAAAGAGACUCUGUCAUCUGAACCAAAGCUGGACAAAGCAAACGUGACCCUGGAUCCAGACACGGCUCAUCCUCAUCUCAUCCUCUCCGAGGAUGGGAAAAGCGUGAGAUGGGGACCUGCACGGCGGGACGUGCCCGACAACUUCAGAAGAUUUGAUCCCGUUCCCUGUGUGCUGGGCUGCGAGGGGUUCAGCUCGGGGAGACAUUGCUGGGAAGUGGAGGUGGACGGGAGCAGUUGGGCCGUGGGGGUGGCCAGAGAGUCUGUGAGGAGAAAGGGAGGGGUCAGCCUGGAGCCAGAGGAGGGGAUUUGGGCUGUGGGGCAGCUGAACCCAAUUCAGUAUGUGGCUCUCACUUCUCCUUGGACAAGCCUCCCACCGGAUAGGAGACCCAGGAAGAUCAGGGUCGCCCUGGACUACAGAAGGGGGCAGGUGGCAUUUUUCAACGCUGAGAACAACACUGAGAUCUUCACGUUCCUGGCAGUCGCUUUUGCUGGGAGAAUCUUCCCGUUCUGCUGGGUGGCAGACAAAAGCUCCCAGGUCAAAAUGUGUCACUGAGCUGUGAGAUCACGUAGUCCUCUUCCCCCACACCCGGGGCCUGGAUCUGGCAUCUGCUCCGUAGAAUCUCCUGGUGGAAUUCUAGUCUGUCCGAGCCAGCUUCUAACACUCGCUUCCCAGCAGUGUCUGACUGCCCACGCCACCUCCUGCUGGAGCCCAGAGAGAGCCCAGUUUCUCUAACGCCUGCAGACAAUUCAUGGCGCAGACAGUUCGUGACCCCCUAUACGCUGCCCCUACUGCAGGAUCCCUCCUCGGAUGAGCGGGAGAGGAUCUUUUCGAAGAGGAGAGAGAUCAGAGGUGGGGGAAACAAAGAGUAACUGGAGAGGAUGUUUAUAGAAGGAAAUAUGAGAGGAAAAUGUAUAGGAGGAAAAGAGAUGAGGGAGAAUAUAAACUCUUUGGAGUGGGGACUGUCUCUCGCUGUGUGUCUGUGCAGCGCCCGGCACAACGGGGCCCUGAUCUCAGCUGGAGUUAUCCUAAUAUAUGUAAUAGGUAAUGAUAGCUACACAAGAGACAUUGAGAAUCAUUCAGAGGAUUCAUAGACUUGGGGUAAAAUUUUCAGAAGUGCGUAAAUCCCAUUUUCAAAGGAGAUGAGUGACUCUUGAGAACCCACGACUCAAUGAAAGUCAACAGGAGUCUGGCUUUGAAGUCACUUCGGUGCUUUUGAAAAUAUGCCCCUCAUUGAACAUUAGGUGCCCUUCUAAGCACCCAUCCCUUUGCUACAUCAGCAGCGAUUUAAGUGAGGGUCUCUGCAGGCCCAGGGCUCCACCCACGUGGACGGGGGAGUCACAGGAUGGGAGCCUUUCUUGGCUUCAGAAGGUGGAAAUUGCCAAAGGAUUGUCCCACGUUCCCUGGUUAAGUGAGAUCAACCGGCGGCUUUCUCUGUUGUCCUUGCUGCUCAUGCAAAUGUUCAGCGUUCAAAGCCAACUCGUGUUUAUUUUAGGAUUUGCAUUUACCUAAGUAAGAAUAAAAAUCCAUAUUUUUAAAUACCCUUAUUUUCUAUUGUGCUUCCCCGCCCCCGAUCUAUAUCACUGAGCAUUUGUGGGGAGGCAAC